AUGGAAGCCCCCUGCAACGCCACCGGCCGCAACUUCUCCGAGCCCUCCAGCUUGUACCGGCACCUGGAGAACACCAGCGGGAAGAGCAACGACACCGACCCGUUCGGACGGAACGAGGAGGUGGCCAAGAUCGAGAUCACCGUCCUGAGCCUGGCCUUCCUGGCCGCGGUGGUGGGGAACUUCAGCGUUCUCCUCGCCAUGUCCAGAACCCGGCGGAAGCUGUCGCGCAUGCACCUGUUCAUGAGGCACCUGAGCCUGGCCGACCUGGUGGUGGCCUUCUUCCAGGUUCUGCCGCAGCUCUGCUGGGAGAUCACCUUCCGCUUCUACGGCCCGGACUUCCUGUGCCGGAUAGUGAAGCACCUGCAGGUGCUGGGCAUGUUCGCCUCCGCCUACAUGAUGGUGAUGAUGACCGUGGACCGCUACAUCGCCAUCUGCCACCCGCUGCAGACCCUCCAGCAGCCCACGCAGCGCGCGUACAUGAUGAUCGGCUCCAGUUGGGCGUGCAGCCUGGUGCUCAGCACCCCGCAGUACUUCAUCUUCUCCCUGAGCGAGGUGCGCCCCGGCUCCGACGUGUACGACUGCUGGGGGCACUUCGUGGAGCCGUGGGGGCUGCGCGCCUACAUCACCUGGAUCACGGCCGGGAUCUUCCUCGUGCCCGUGGUCGUGCUCGUGUUCUGCUACGGGUUCAUCAGCCGGACCAUCUGGAAGAACCUCAAGUACAAGACUCGGAAGAAGAGGGCGGACGCGGUGGCAGAGGCCACCAAGACCGGGAUCCUGGGCAGGAGCUCGGUGAGCAGCGUGAGCUCCAUCUCGCGCGCCAAAUUACGCACGGUCAAGAUGACUUUCGUGAUCGUGGUGGCGUACGUGGUGUGCUGGGCACCGUUCUUCACCGUGCAGAUGUGGUCCGUGUGGGAUGAGACGUUCUCCUGGGACGACUCAGAAAACACCAUUGUUACGCUCUCCGCCCUGCUGGCCAGCCUCAACAGCUGCUGCAACCCCUGGAUUUACAUGAUUUUCAGCGGCAACCUGCUGUCGGACUUGGUGGGCAGCCUGCCGGGCUGCCGCCGGCUGAGGGGCAGGUUCCACCCGCAGGACUCGGACAGCAGCAUCCGCCGGACCACGCUGCUGUCCCGCCUGCAGGGGCCGCGGCUCUCCGAGCCCCUGACCAUUAAAAACUGCCCACAGGGCCCAUCCUGA